AUGUUCGCCACAUUGGAAUUGGCAUGUAAAUAUCGGUGAGAAUUCGUAUUUCAUAGAACUCGACUACAAGCCUUCUAGAAAAAUUAAAUUAUAUCAUGAAUCGGUUAAAUUUGCCUUUUUUUUCAACUCUUCGGGCUACUUUUUUUAUAAAUAUCAUUAGGCUUUUUAUCCGGUUCAACGUGGUUCUUUGAUGUACUGAGCAAAAGUUAGACUUUCUCACAGAACUAUAAGAAGUUCAAAUUUCUAAAAAAACUUCGAUUGAAUAUCUUGUAGUGAAAGUAAAAUAUUAAGUAGUGUAUUUGAUUUUUUUACAUUAACGGUGAAUAUUUUAAAACUCAAAAACUUUGGGUUUUGAUUUAAUUUUAGUUUUUCAAUUCUUAAACCUUAUUUUGAAGAGAUUGGCGAGAUGGUCCUUCGGUUCAACGGCCAAAGAAGAAAUCGACCGAUUUGCAGAAGCUUGCCGACCAACUCAAUGAUGAAUCUAUUUCGGUUAGUUUUACGGGUUUUUCGAGUUUUAUAAGAGUUCAACAAUUUUUGCCUGUAUUCGAAGGUGCAGUUUUCUUGGAUUAUAAAGAAAAAAUGACUGAAAAUAAUCGUUCCUCUUUCGAAAUUUGCCUUCGCUUUUUGAAAAGUCUCAGAAAGUUUUUAAACGAAGUAAAACUUCAACUACUAGGAAAAUGAUUCAUUUCCCAGUGGAAAAUCUAAAAUUCGUAAAAAAAAAAUCCUCAAAAAGUUAUGUUCUUCGGUCUUCUUGAAUUAUACAUAUUAUCUAUUUUUCAGUUGGAAUCGGUGAUGGCAGAGUUCAAAUUGUCGAAUACAACGCUGAGAAGGAUGAUGUCUCACAUGUCGGUGAGAAAAAAGAAGUUCAAAGUGCAUUUCAAGAUUUUCUCUCUAGGACAACAUGGAUCGGGGAUUAGAGAAAGGCCUAGCCAAAUCGACAAUCGCCAUGUUGCCCUCCUUUGUCCCAGAACUUCCCAACGGGACAGGUAAUCGAAAAAAGUUCUUUUCAAACAAGAGGUUGAUGCUUUCAAAAAAAAAAAGCGGUUCUUUGUAAUGUUUUGGUUUCCAGAACGAGGAAAGUACAUUGCCAUGGAUUUGGGCGGCACGAACCUUCGCGUGAUGUUGAUGGAGAUCGAGCCAGGAGAGCCGAUGCGAACCAAACAGUUCAACACGAGAAUGCCCAACGCGGCCAUGCAUGGCUCCGGAACUAAGGUGCCUCUUUUGACAUGCCCUUUUUUCCUUGUUUUCAAAAGUUCAAUUGUUUUUGUCCGAAGAAACCGAGCGAAAUACAAAAAUACCUCAUUUUCUUCUUUUCAUCAAUUCAAUUAAGUUUGAGGUGUUUCCACAAAAUUCAAAAUAGCCGUCAGAGUGUGAAAAUAUAAUUGAAUUUUGGAGAGUCAGGCAUUUGGCGGAUAUCACUUUGAACACGGCAUAAAAUAUAUGUUCCCCAUUUGGAAAAAAACAACUAAAAAACAACGCCACUAGUUAUUCGUAAAUUUACAAAAAUUUUCAAAAACUUUUUGGAAUCUCUGAUCUUUAACUUUUUCUAACAAUUUGACGAAGUGAUAUACACGUGUUUAAAUUCGAUAUCUUUCUUUUUUGAUAAUUUCUGAUAUAAUUAUUUCUGGAUCAUAGUUUAUCCGUAUCUUAAGAUCCAUAUGUAAUAUUGAUCAAGAAAUUUUUCAAAGAAGAUUGCUUUUGAACGCAGUUUGCGAGAAAUUUUGUCAUAUUUCAUGGUUCUCGUAUAAAUUUUUCGACAUUAUUGCAUUUUCUGAGAAAAUGAUCAUUUUCCAGCUCUUCGACUACAUCGCCAAAGCUCUGGCCGAUUUUCUCAUUGAACGGGAGCUCCAGGACGAGAAUUUGCCCGUCGGCUUCACAUUUUCCUAUCCCUGCGAUCAGACGGGACUCCGAUCGGCUACCUUGUUGAGGUCUGGAGAUGGAAAAACAGUUGAAGAAUAUUUGUUUUUGGUGAAGAAAAAGCAUUCGAGACGAUUUCUAAAAUAGAAAUUUUCAAAAGGAUAGUUCAGAAAUUCUGUAAAGCAUAAAAAUCUUGAAUUUUCCUUGAUAUUGGUGUUUUAGGUGGACCAAAGGAGUGACGGCGACUGGAUGCGUCGGAAAAGAUGUCGUGAAACUUUUGGAGGAUGCCAUCGAAAGAGACGGGGUGCGUUCUGAAGCGAAAUGCUUCGAAAUUAGAGAUUUCAGAACAAAUAAUAUUUUCAGCGUGUGAAAGUGUCAAUCGUGGCGCUGAUCAAUGAUACGGUGGGUACGAUGGUCGCCGCGGCUUAUGAAGGCGGUGGAAAGUGCGAUCUCGGCGUUAUCAUUGGUAGGAUUUUUAUUCGCUUAUCAUACUUAUUCUGUUUCAGGUACUGGUACAAAUGCGUCUUAUAUGGAAAGUUCGAAGAACAUCAAACACGGCUUGGCCAGCGCCACCGAGGAAUAUCUGCAUAAAGAGGUGGAGAUUCCGAGGAUUUCGAACGGAAAAGUGUUUGAACUGUUUAAAGAAAGGGAUAGUGACAGUUGAAGUCCUUUGAUUAUAUAUUUUGAAAGUUCGUAUUGUUUAUCUUUAAUCUUUCAAAAGUUCUGAAGAAGUUUGAAGAGAGUCCGUGGGUAUAUGAUAAUCGGGCCGCGAAAAUCGAGUCUGCAAAAAUCGAGCUUUCAUUUCUACACUGUUUCUUUUUCUCUGUUCGUCUCGCCCCGUACAAAAGGCGGCUCGACUUCGCAGGCUCGAUUUUCGCGGCCCGAUUAUCAUAUACCCGAGUCCAUACAGAGGCUGGAUACCAGCCCAGCCUUUUUCGCGCAAAAAGAAAAUUUGAAACUGUAAUACUGAAAUAGGCCGCACCUCUAGGAACCUUUUUUAAAACUUUAGCUAGACUAUCUGAAAUAGAUAGGGCAAAAGUUAUCGGCAAGCUCCUUAAAUGAUCCCUCCACUCAUAUAAAUCCUGAAAAUCAUGAAUUCCUUUCUUAAUCUUUGCUGAUAAAAUCAAAACAUCUAUUUUGAUGAAUAAUUUUCAUUUUCGAAAAAAAAGCAAAUGUAUGAGUAACGGCGCAUUUAUCCUGCGAAAAGUACCGUAUACCAAGUUUGACCAAACCUUGCUCUGAGACCUUCUUUUUUACAGUAUUUUUUCGCCUCAUCUAUGGCUUCAGAUGAUCAUCGACACAGAGUGGGGCGGUUUUGGCGACCGAAACGAAGCCGAGUACAUUUUCACGCGCUACGAUAAAAUUGUCGAUUCCAAAUCAGAUCAUCCCGGGGUCAAUUCGUGAGCUUUCCUUCAAGUUUUCAUCAAAUUAGUCUUUUCUAACGUACAGACUGGAUAAAUUGAUUGCCGGAAUGUGUAUGGGUGAACUCGUGAGAUUGGUCCUCGAGCGACUUUGUGAAAAUAAGGUAAAAUUACUUUUGUUGAAAUCAUUCGAACAAGGAUUUUUGAGGUCAUUUUCAAUGGACAGGGAUCGAAGCUGCUCAGCACUCGCAACACUUUCCCCACCAAAUAUAUUUCCGAAAUUUUGCAGUCCGUUUUUGAUUGUUUUGGUUGAUGCGUUUGAGAAAGAUAAAACGAGGAACAAGAAUAUCAAAUUCCGCCCCGGCUUGUCUCGGUUUUUCUCGUCUUCUGGUUGCGUGUCCUCUCUUGCAUGCGCCUUUAAUAUAACCGACGAUUUGCGUUAUUAAAGGCGCAUGAAUAGAGAAAAGCCGCGCGCUACGAAGGGAAGGGUUAUGUAGCUCCGAAGAAAAGAAAAACCGUGACAAGCUGGCUCGGGAUCAGUUAUAUUGAAUCCAUUGUUUGGUUUUUAGAGUUUUGAAUACCAUUUUCUGUGAAACAAUUCAUUUAUCGAUUCCGAAAAUUUCAAAAAUAUGGAGAUAUUUAGUGAAGCAUUUCGAAAAAUUUGAUUUUAAUAGUAUAUUUAAGGAAGAAAUGUGUUUUUUCAAUACGGAAACGUAUUUUUCUAGUUUUCAACUUUUUUGAAACUUUCCUAGAAGCUUUCUAAAUAGAAUUUAUUCAGAAAAGUCAUUAUGUACGAAAUAACUUGAUUAUUGAGUCGAUUGAUCUAGAAUUAUUUGAACAAUACAUAAGAAUAUUUUUUAGCGAUGACUGCGGUUCGUACUUGAACACUCGCUUGAUCAUGGGAGAGUUGGGCAUCGAGGAGUUCAGUUUCAGUGAUAUGCUGCUUCUUCGUGAAGUUUGUAUCACAGUAUCGAGGCGGAGUGCCAAUCUUGCUGCUGCUGGUGAGUAGGACAACAAUUGGUUGAUCGAAGUAGUAUUGCACAGUACAGCCAGUCCGGUUUGGCACACUGUAGGUUUAAAUUGUGCAUACACCGAUCGCGGUUUUUAGGCGAUAUCUUCGUUAAUAACGAUUGUUCGAAAAAAUAGACAAAUUUAAAGAAAAACGCAAUUAGGACAUUAAAUUAUACAACUUUAGUUUUAACAAUAAAGUUUUUGCAAACGACAGCAAGCCUUAAAAAAUGGUCUAAUUUGAGAACGCCGUCUUAAGUAAGUAAAAUAUUAUAUUCCCUGUAAUUUUCAACUAAUAACGUCUAAAAUAGCCGUGUUCAUUUUAUUAGAUAUGGACAGUUAUUAUAAAUGGUUAGUAUGGCCAGCGGAGACUGCGCAGUGCAAACCGGGCGGGUGCCUGUAGGUCUGAGCUGAUUUGAUUGAGAAGAAAAAAAAAGAAAACACAGGUCGUACGCAAAAAAAAAAAUGGCAAGUGGCCUAAUAUAGCAUAGGUUAUAGUUUUUCAAAAAUGCUCAAAAAAAUCUAUAUGAAAGAUUCUCACAGAAGCUUCUGUAUAUGAAAAACUUAUUUUUUUAAUGUCGAAGAGCAAAUUUGCGCCACGCCCCUGUUUGAGCAAAAACCUGGUAAUUUCAUUCACCACUUUUUAUACUUGAAUAUGGUUUUACUUACCAUUUCAAAAUUCUCUCGAGGCCUGUUAUCACAAGUUCAGUUAAUGGAUAUUUUCAUACCAAAUAGCCUUGCCCUCGAAAGAUUAUUAAGAUCGCCAACUAACUCUGGUGUUACGACAAGGGCGAGUUUUACGAUUUUUUUAGGUAAUAUAAUUUUCCGCCAUUUUUACAUUCAUCAGAAUACGCAUAAACUUCGAAAUAUAAUUUUGUUCGCUGUACAUAAAAAUUAACUUUUAGCAAUCGCAUGCGUCCUGAACCGCGUCGCCAAGCCGUACAUGUUGGUGGCGAUCGAUGGAUCUACUUACAAAUACCAUCCUUUCUUCAACCACUGGGUCACGGAAAAAGUCCGGGAGCUUUUGAAUCCGGGUCUCGAUGUGAGUUUAACAAACAAAAGAAAUGAAAAGAUGUAUUUCUUGUUUUAUUUUUCAAAGUUUGAUGAUCUAGAUGGUUAUGAUGCUCAAACACAGCCCACUUAGCGCCAGAUUGGCGCGAUUUUUUUUCCUUCGGGCUUCGAAACCUUUUUGUUAGAUACGCCCGGCCUGUCUCCGCAAAUGCGCCUUCAAAUUAACCUCAAAUUUUCCACCAUAUAUAAGGCGCAUAAACAGAGGUAGGCCGCGCGUUUCGAAAAAAAAAAGAGAUUCUGAAAUAGGGGAACCAAAUCUUGACAAACUGAAGCGGAAUGGACUAUAUUGAGAAUUUUGAGAAAAAGGUUUCAGAAGUUCCGCGAAAAAAGAUAUUUUGGAAAAUUUAUGGAGAGCAGCACUUUUCCCGUUUACGGAAUGAUUUUAAUAUAUGGAGUUGGUCAAUGAAAAUAUAAGUGCUUGAAAAUUUCGAAAAGCACAUUUUUUCGAAUUCAAACUUCGUUUUUGUUUGAAAAUCACGACGUUUUUUUAAUACGUAAGUAAAGACUUCUCGUAAAUUAUGGUGCUUACGGUGUAAACACAUCGAGGCGCACUAUCGCAUACUCGAAUUUUUUUCAAUCCCCGUAUUUGCAAUUUUAGAAUAAUAGUUCCUGAAAAAUUUCGAAAUCUUGUCAGUUUGAAUAAAAAUUAUGUGAAAAAAACAUUCACGAACCAUUUUUUUCUGCAAUUUCUUUUUCAUAUAUUUAAAAACUUUGAAAAACGUCUUCCGCAACAAGAAAAAAAUUAAUUUAUUUUAGUUCAAAAAUCGUUCAAACGGGUGACGGCAGCGGUAAAGGAGCUGCGUUAAUUGCGGCUAUUGUGUCGCGCGUGAAACGCGACGAGGAGAAGCGACGCAAGGAAGAGGAGGCGCGACUGAAGAAGGCCGAGGAACAGCGACAACGCGAAGUCGCCGAACGCGAGGCUGACAAAAGGGCCGACGAGGAGAGGGCCAGGAAAACCGACGAGUUGUUCCGAUAUCAGUUGCAGCGGAAGCAGGAGGACGAAGUUCUCAAUAUUCGCGACGAUUAA